AUGGCGGAAUCGAAAACUGUUACGGUUGUACCGUUGAAUGGGUCGAACUAUGGGACUUGGAAAGUCCAGUGUCGCAUGGCUCUCGUGAAAGACGGGCUGUGGAGCAUUGUUUCUGGAACUGAAACUGCUCCUGCUUCGACAGAAGCUGAAAAAUAUGCGAAGUUUGUUAGUCGUAGAGAUAAAGCACUGGCGAUUAUCGCGCUUUCGGUACAUCCUUCGCUGUUAUAUUUGCUCGGAGAUCCUGAAGACCCUGUAGCCGUAUGGAAGAAAUUAUCAGACCAGUUUCAGAAGAAAUCGUGGGCAAACAAACUGUCUUUAAGACGACGUUUAAAUAAUUUGAGGCUGAAAGAAGGAAAUUCUAUGUCAAGUCAUAUAAAAGCGAUGACUGAGGUUUUCAAUGACUUGGCUGUAAUAGGUGCGCCAAUGGAAGAUGAAGACAAGGUUGUAACCUUGCUGGCAAGUCUCCCUGAAACCUAUAAUAUGCUUGUAACUGCCCUCGAAGCGAGUUCUGAAGUCCCACAAAUGGAACUUGUAACUGAACGUUUGCUUUAUGAAGAAACAAAGCUGAAUGAGCGAGAAAAGUCCCCCAAAGCCUCGGGUAAAGUUAUGGCGGCCUCGAGGACUGAUAGGAAAUCAAUUAAAUGUCAUCACUGUGGAAAGUUUGGACAUAUAAGACGUUUUUGUAAAGAUUUGAACAAAGACAAAAUCGCAAAGGAGUCUAAAUCACCUUUAAACAAGGGACAACAAGCUGGAAAGGGGCAGUCAGGUUCUCGUAGUGAAAGUUUAGGAUUUGUUGCACAAAGUUUGGCAGCAAAUACAUGUGGAACUAACAGUGAAACAUGGAUUGUUGACUCUGGUGCAACAUGCCACAUGUGUAACAACAAAGCUUUGCUUGAAGACUUUGUUGAAUUCAAUGAGCCUGUUGAUGUAAUGCUUGGUGAUGGAAAAGUUCUGAAUGCUGUUGGAAGUGGCAUUGUUACAGUAUGUACUAAUCUUGUGAAUGGAAAGCAGCAAGAGUGUAAACUACAUAAUGUACUUUUUGUUCCGAAACUGAGCUAUAAUCUACUAAGCGUAUCGAAAGUGACUGAAGCUGGUAAAUCUGUUAGUUUUGAAGAAACAAAAUGCAAUAUUUCAUGUAGUGACGGGGAAAUUAUUGCAAUUGCAAAGAAAGUUGGAUGUUUGUACUAUUUGGAUUUUCAACCUAUCUUAAAAUGUUCAAAUGCUGUAUCAAAUGAAGGAACUGAACUCUCAAAUGAAAUGUUAUGGCAUCAACGUUAUGGACACUUGGGAAUCCAAAGUUUAAAGCGAUUAGCAAAUGAAGAUUUAGUUGAAGGUUUCAACUUUGAUACAAAGAAAGAUUUGGAGUUCUGUGAUGCAUGUGUACAAGGAAAGUUACACCGGUGUUCGUUUCCUAAUAGUGGUGCAAAGAGAGCUAGUGAACCACUAGGCUUAGUGCAUAGUGAUGUGUGUGGAAAGAUAAACACUAAGUCAUGCGGUGGUGCUGAAUACUUUCUAACAUUCACAGAUGACAAAACUCGCUAUGCCUGGGUGUAUCCAUUGAAGCAAAAGAGCGAAGUGUUCAGUCGGUUCUUGGAGUGGAAAGCUGUUGCUGAGAAGUCAAGUGGACAUAAGCUAAAAACUCUAAGAACUGAUAAUGGUGGUGAAUUUACUUCAAAUGAAUUUGAGAACUAUUUGAAAUCAGAAGGAGUUAAGCACGAGUUAAGUGUCCCGAAAACCCCAGAGCAGAAUGGCGUUGCUGAGCGACUAAACCGGACACUUAUUGAAGCAGUUCGAGGUAUGCUUAUUCAAUCUAAACUACCGCAAAAAUUUUGGGUAGAAGCACUCUCGACUGCAGUUUAUUUGCAUAACCGAAGCCCAACAAAAGGAGUAGCCAACAUGACUCCAUUUGAAGCAUGGACUGGAGUGAAACCUGAUGUCAAACACUUAAGAAGUUUUGGAUGCACUGUGUAUGCACACAUUCCAAAGGAUGAGAGAAAGAAGCUUGAUUCAAAGGCGAAGAAAUGUGUUCUGCUAGGAUAUGGAACUGAAACCAACCAUAAUUAUAUGAUCCUCAGAAUUCAAGAGUUAUAUAUAGUCGGGAUGUUAAAUUCAAUGAAAGUGAAUUUGGCAUUGAGAAGGAGUUGCCAGGAAAUGAAUUUCAGGCUGAUAAACAUGUAACUCUCGAACUGUCAAAUGACAAUGAUGUAGUUGUUGAGGAUGAUCAAGCAGAUAAUGCAGAAAUUAACGAGCGCCAACCAGUGCGAGAAAGGCGUGCACCUGACCGUUUUGGUGAAUGGGUAACUAUCGCAAGCAAAGAUGUUGUUGAGCCAACAACAGUAAGUGAAGCAUUGUGUGGUCCAAAUGCAGAACGGUGGCAUGAAGCCAUGCAGCAAGAAAUGGAUUCGCUACAAGAGCAUGAUGUAUGGGAACUCACAGAACUGCCGAAAGAUCGGAAAGCAGUUGGGUGUAAAUGGGUAUUUAAAGUAAAACACAAUGCUGAUGGUUCAAUUGAAAGACAUAAAGCUAGACUUGUUGCUCAAGGUUUUUCGCAAAGAUUUGGGGUGGAUUACGAUGAAACAUUCUCCCCAGUAGUGCGUUUUGAAAAGAUACGGACUGUUAUUGCGUUAUCUGUUCAAAGAGGAUUAAAGUUGCAUCAGAUGGAUGUAACCGCUGCUUUUCUAAAUGGAGAAUUAGAAGAUGAAGUGUAUAUGAAACAGCCUGAAGGUUUUGAAGUUAAAGGGAAGGAACAUCUGGUUUGUAAGCUAAACAAGAGCCUGUAUGGGUUAAAGCAAUCUUCCAGAUGUUGGAAUUCUGUAUUGGAUGAGCAUUUAAAAUCGAUCGGUUUUACUCAAACGGAAAGUGAUCCCUGUAUUUACGUGAAAGAAGAGGACGGUGAUAUUUUUGUUGUUGCUAUUCACGUUGAUGAUAUCAUCCUUGCAGGUAAAACUGAUGAGAAAAUUGCCAAAGUCAAAGAAAGCAUUGCAGAAAGAUUCCAAGUAAAAGAUAUGGGUGAGCUCAAAUAUAUUCUUGGUCUACAAGUGAUUCAAGAGGAUGCUAAGGUGUGGAUUGGUCAACCUACCUACACGGCGAGCAUCAUAAAGAAGUAUGGUAUGGAAAAUUGUAAGCCAGUUGAAACUCCUGUUGAUUUAAGUUCAAAGCUUGUUAGUGCUAUAGAAGACAGUGAACUGUUCAACAAAGAAGAGUAUCAGUCAGCAGUUGGGAGUUUGUUGUAUUUAUCAUCGGCAACACGACCUGACAUAACAUUUGCAGUUAACAAUGUUGCUAAGUUCUCUGCAAAUCCUACGAAUGAACAUUGGACUGCUGUAAAACGAAUUUUCCGAUACCUGAAAGGAACUGUGAACUAUGGACUACUUUACUCAGAGAAUGCUAAUCCAGAUUGUGUUGGAUUUUCAGAUGCGGACUGGGCAGGUGAUUUAAAUGACCGGAAAUCGACUUCUGGUUAUACAUUUCAAAUAAAUGGUGCUGCUGUUAGCUGGCGAAGCAAAAAGCAAACUUGUGUAGCAUUAUCAACAGCUGAAGCUGAAUACGUUGCUUUAUCUGCAGCUGCUCAAGAGGCAUUGUGGAUGCGACAAUUGUUGACAGAUCUUAAUGUAAACAUUGAUGAACCAAUGACCAUUUACGAAGACAAUCAGUCAGCUAUUGCUAUGUCCAAGAACCCACAAUUUCAUGGACGAUCUAAACACAUAGACAUCAAAUAUCAUUUUGUACGAGAUCAAGUAGAAAAGAAAACAUUAACUGUUCUUUACUGUCCAACAGGUAGCAUGUUAGCUGAUUUAUUCACGAAGGGUAUUCCAAAGGAACAAUUUAAGAAACUGCGUGAACUAACAGGUGUUGCAAUAAAACCUAA